GUUGUAUAGUGCGGAGGUGCGCACAGACGCCCGCAGUUGUUCGUUGCAGCGCGACCUGCAGCUCCACAGACGUCACACGAUGCUUGCCAACAACACGCGCAACGCCUUUGCCGCUGUUUCGAAGCGGCUGUACAUAUGUCAGUCAUGCCUGCGCCGGUCUAAGCAGUUGUUAUUGGCUGCAAGGCACCUCCCUACACGACCUCCGGCACGAAGCUUGCAGACCGCUAGCCAGUCGCCGGCGCAAGACGACACGCCCUUUCGCAAAGCCCUCAAAGAUGCCGCCAAGCAACAGAAAAAGGCGUCAAAGGGUGGCAAGAAGCCGCAGAAGGCGACAGAUCCUCGACUGGAUAAAUGGGAACUGACCGUCGGCAUCGAGAUCCACGCCGAGCUGAACACGGCACGGAAGCUCUUCUCGAGCGCUGCCACAUCCAUCAGCGAGUCGCCCAACACACACGCCUCCCUCUUUGAUACGGCCUUCCCUGGCAGCCAACCCCGCUUCCAGACGGAAACCCUUCUGCCUGCUCUGCGCGCCGCUCUCGCCUUCGACUGCACCAUACAACGAAAGAGCAGCUUCGAUCGCAAGCACUACUUCUACCAAGACCAGCCGAAUGGCUACCAAAUCACGCAGUACUACGAGCCUUUUGCUACAGAUGGACACAUCACGCUGCAUGCGCACGACUUCCCCGCUGGCUCUGCGCCACAAGACUGCCCCAUAAAGAUCGGCAUCAAGCAGGUGCAGAUGGAACAGGACACAGCCAAGACAGUGCAGCAGCCGCCCUCGACACACCUCCUCGACUUCAACCGUGUCUCGCACCCCUUGAUCGAGAUCAUCACCCUGCCCCACAUCCACGAUCCCCUCGUCGCCGCUGCGUGCGUUCGCAAGAUCCAGACGAUACUCAAGACGGUGGAUGCAUGCACAGCAGGCAUGGAAAUGGGUGGGUUGCGCGCCGACAUCAACGUCUCGAUCCGUGAGCGGGGCCAACCAUCGAGCGAAGGCGGCCUAUCGUAUUCUGGCGUGACUGGCCUGGGACAACGGACGGAGAUCAAGAACUUGGCUAGCGUGAAAGCUGUAGAGGAUGCCAUCAUCGCAGAGCGCGACCGCCAGAUCGAGCUUCUCGAGAACGGCGGGGCUGUUGAGGGUGAGACCCGCGGCUGGACCGUAGGCAGCAAGACCACCAAGCGCCUGCGUGGCAAAGAGGGCGAGAUCGACUACCGGUACAUGCCUGAUCCGGACAUCUCGCCCGUCUUCAUCGCACAGGACCUUGUCGAUCAUCUUCGAGCGAAUCUACCUGUGCUGCCAGACCGCAUAGUCAGUGUGCUGGUAGACAAGUACGGCCUAUCAACCAAGGAUGCCGGUACGCUCUUGUCCUUUGACAAUGGCGAUCGUUUAGAGUACUUCUUCGAGGUCACAAACCAGCUUGCAAGGGCAAGGAACAUCAGGCCUAGCGACGCCGAAUUUCUGGUCCUUGGCAAGGCGGCGGGCAAUUGGGUUCUGAUGGAGCUGGGCAGCCUCUUCAAAGAUGAAGACUGGUCAGCAACACGCGUGCCGCCUGAGGUCCUCGUUUGCAUUGUCAGCCAGCUACUGCAGAAGCGCAUCACAUCGCGGUCUGCCAAAAGACUGCUCUCGAUGAAAUUCGAAGGCGAUGAGCGGCACGUUGAGCGACUCAUCGAAGACCACAACAUGGUCUUGCGUCCCCUUUCGCCCCGAGAGUACAGUGACUUUGCCCAGACGUUACUGGACGAGAAGCCAGACAUGGUCCGGGAUAUAAUCGACAAGGGGCACGAGAAGAAGAUCAAGUGGUUCGUUGGACAGAUGAUGGCGAGAAGUCCAGAGGGGACCGUGGAGGCGGACGUUGCUGAGCAGACGAUCAAGGAGCUCCUGGCCGUGUCGAAAACCGAGUGACCUAGCCAAAGGCAUGCAAUGCAUUACAUCUUCCCUAUCACUGUGA